GCCCUGUGCCCAUUGGGAUCCAGAAGCUGACUCUGGAACACAAAGAAGAGAGAGGGAAAGAGACUUCAGUUGGCUUUUCAUCUGCAGAGGCAGAGGGAGGAGGUUGAUGCACUAUAGAUAGCGGGAGCGAGGGAGAGGGAGAGCGAGAGGGGGAGCGAAGCGAUUGCAGUCAGGCUCAGUUGCUGCUGUCACAAGCUGAAGGCUCAGUGAGUGUUAUCAUAGGAAGCUGGAGGAGCAACAUCACAGUCCCACACACACACACACACACUCUCCGGACAGACGGACCGCAGAACCAGAGACGCACAGACAACACACACGGCGAGUGAGGACCAGUCUUGCGAAUGUGGAUCGACCACCGGUCAAGUUCUGGGUGUCUGGUUCAGUGAUUCAGCCCCAGCGGUGCAAAGGUAGAGAGGGGGCAUGGUAGCUGUUCCAGGCCUGGGUUGGCCUGGCCUGCUCAUGUUGCUGCUGACUACUGUGGCCUCCACUCAGAGCCAAGGCUGUCCCCAGCGCUGUGAGUGCAUGGCCAAGCUCAAGUCUGUGGCAUGCCACGGCAAGCGCCUGUCUGCCCUCCCCGACGGCAUCUGCUCGGACACACGCCUGCUGGACCUGAGUGGGAACAGGCUUCGCUGGGUGGAGCAUGGCGACCUCCUCUCCUACCCUCGGCUGGAGGAGCUGGACCUGAGUGAGAACAUUAUCAGCGUCCUGGAGCCCAACGCCUUCUCCAGCCUGCAGAACCUGAGGGUGCUGUCGCUGAGGGGGAAUCAGCUCAAACUGGUCCCCAUGGGCGCAUUCUCACGCCUCACCAACCUCACCACGCUGGACCUGAGCGGGAACAAGAUUGUCAUCCUGUUGGACUUCACCUUCCAGGACCUGAAGAGCCUGAGGAACCUGGAGGUUGGUGACAACGACCUAGUCUACAUCUCCAACAAGGCCUUCCUGGGCCUGGUGGGGCUGAGGGAGCUCACCAUUGAGAGGUGUAACCUGACCUCCAUCUCCAGCCAGUCUCUAUCCUACCUCCGCAGCCUGGUCACUCUGCGCCUGCGCUACCUCAGCAUCUCCUCCCUGGAGGACCAGAACUUCCGUAAACUGGGCGGGCUGCGGGGGCUGGAGAUCGACCACUGGCCUUUCCUGGAGCACAUCUCCCCCCACAGCCUCCAGGGCCUUAACCUGUUCUGGUUGUCAAUCACCAACACCAACAUCACCUCCGUGCCCACGGCCGCCCUGCGCAGCCUGGCCCUCCUCACCAGCCUCAAUCUCUCAUACAACCCUAUCUCCGUUCUGGAGUCUUGGGCCCUGAGGGACUUGGUCCGUCUGAAGGAGCUGCACCUGGUUAACACCAACCUGAUGACGGUGCAGUCGUACGCCCUCGGCGGCCUUCGGCAGAUCCGCCUGCUCAACCUGUCCACUAACGCCCUGGUAACCCUGGAGGAGGGCGCCUUCCAGUCCGUCAACACCCUGGAGACGCUGCGUGUGGACGGGAACCCUCUGUCCUGUGACUGCCGCCUGCUCUGGAUCCUCCAGCGCAGGAAGACCCUCAACUUUGAAGGGAAGUCCCCAGUGUGUGCGGGCCCAUUGGAGGUGCAGGGCAGGGCCCUCAGCGCCUUCUCAGACUCUGCCCUCUUCGACCACUUUACCUGCCAGAAGCCCAAGAUACGCAACAGGAAGCUGCAGCCAGUGACUGCCAGGGAGGGCCAGGUAGUGUCCUUUGUGUGCCAGGCGGAGGGUGAGCCCACACCUAUCAUCUUCUGGGUAUCUCCCCAGCGCCGCCGGAUCACUACCAAGAGCACUGGACGUGUCACUGUCCUACCCGAGGGAACGCUGGAGAUCCGCUACGCCCAGAUGACCGACAGCGGCACCUACAUCUGCAUCGCCAGCAAUGCUGGGGGCAACGCCACCUACUUUGCCACGCUGACCGUGAGCGCGCUGCCUCUAGACGCGGCACUCAUGGCCAACCGCACAUACUACACAGGUGACCUCAACGAGACCAAUCUGAACGACACCAAGGUCUUCCUCAAGUUCACCUUGGACCUCAAGACAAUCCUGAUAUCCACAGCCAUGGGGUGUUGCUUGUUCCUUGGGGUGGUGGUUUUCUGUUUCCUGAUGCUGUUCGCAUGGAGCCGGGGUCGGGGACAGCACAAGAAUAACUUCUCAGUUGAGUACUCUUUCAGAAAGGUGGAUGGCCCUGCUGCCAGCGGCGGACAAGGAGGGGCCCGCAAGUUCAACAUGAAGAUGAUUUGAGUCAGAAAACGGGUCGCUCUGUUUACUAGGAUGGGGACACAAUAAUGACUUUGGACUUUAUGAUUCUGAUCCCUGUCAGUUCAGAAAUCAACUCAUUAGGUUGAUCUAAGACAAUUUACUAAGACUUUGUUUCGUACUAUGUCUGUAUCAACAAAAAGUAAAUAGGUAAAUUGAUUUGGUACAGACACAUAUUCUCUCAAUUGCUAUUUGUGUAUUGUGGUCUGUCUUGUGCAGAGGAGUCUGGAUGAUAGUUAAAGAUGUCACAACAUCCUAUUAACCGUUAAGAUUCAAAACACAACACCCCUGCACAGCUCCAUCUGUCUCUCUGCAGUGCACCCUCCCCUUUAAGGUUAUGUUAUGAUGAGUUUCUGGUAUUGAGAAGUGAGGAUGCAAGAAUUUACUUA